AUGGGCAUCACCAAGCUGCAUGCGCACCUCAAACCGCUCUCGCGCGACGUCGACGUCGCGGCGUACGCCGGCUGCUCCGUGGGCGUCGACGCGUCCGCCUGGCUGCACCGCGCCUACCACGGCGCGCGCGCCGACGGCGCCGCCGACGUCGAGGCGCGCGUCGCGGCGUUCUUCGCGGACUACGCGGCCGCCCUGGCGGGCCGCGACGUGCGCGCCGUCCUGGUCUUCGACGGCAAGGGCCCCGCGGCGAAGAAGGCGGUCGCGGGCGCGAAGGCGCCCCGGGGCCGCGGCAGCCCGUACGCCUUCGUGGCCGCGGCCCGGGCCGCGGCCGCGGCGGCGGGCGCGACGUGCGUCCAGGCGGCGGGCGAGGCCGACGCGGAGCUGGCGGCGCGCGCGCGGCGCGGCGACGUGUGCUGCGUGCUGACGGACGACUGCGACCUCGUCGCCAUGGGCGCGCCGCGCUGCCUCUUCGCCGCCAAGCUCGCGACGGCGGGCGACGGGCGCCCGACGCUCGUCGGGUCCGAGUUCGAGCUGCGGGCGCUGGGCGCGUCCGGGACGUUCCUGGGGUGGCCGCGCGAGCGGUUCGUGGCGUUCUGCGUCGCGAGCGGCUGCGACUACGCGAAGAACGUCCCCGGCGUCGGGCCCGCGCGCGCGCUCGCGCUGAGCGCGGGCGCCGCGGACGCCGAGGUCGUCUUGCAGCGGCUGCUCCGCGAGCCCCGGUGCCCCGAGGGGUUCGCGGACGCGUUCCGCGCGGCGGUGCGCCUGUUCACGGCCGGCGACUAA